AUGCCGACACUUCAAACGUACGAAGGGGCGUACCUGUGGAAAUACAUUCCCAGUCUACCGCUCUCACUGGUAUUUUUGGGUGAGAUCUUUGGCUACAUUACCCGAGCGGCUGCUUCUUCCAACACCGGCAGCUUGAUACUGUACCUUCUAUCAUCCAUCUUUCUGGUUAUCCCUCCUCUCGGCUUUGCGGCAACGCUCUACAUGGUCUACUCCCGCAUCGUUCGCGCCGUUCGCGGCGAACACCUAUCACCCGUGCCCAUGCGAUGGGCUACCUGCAUUUUCGUCACCGGGGACUAUACCUGUUUCAUGAUCCAAGGCAACGCGGCAGGAUUAUUGGGGAAUGAGAACCUCGCCUUGAUUGCCGACUACAUCAUCAUCGCUGGUCUUAUCCUGCAGAUUAUGAUCUUUGUUUUCUUCCUCGCCUGCUGUGGCAUUUUCCACCAGAGAAUACGACUUUUCACCGCAGAAUCAUGCACAGUCAUCCACGUGCCUUGGCAGUCCUGUCUCAAUAUGUUGUACGUGACAUCUAUUUCUGUUUUGGUGCGCAACAUCUACCGAGUUGUUGAAUUUGCGAUGCAGUCCGUGGACCAAAAUGGCUAUCUUCUCACCACCGAGUGGCCUCUUUAUGUGUUUGACGGAUCCUUGAUGUUUCUACUCAUGGUUGGGUUCUACAUUUGGUAUCCACAUGAGCUCCCGCAUGGGAGAAGACGCUCUUCCAUUCAGUUAUUCAGCAGGGAGUCACCCUCAUAG